GACACUAGCAUUCUUCUUCUUCAGAUACAGUAGGCACUGUAAAGAUCGUAGAUAGUUCUUGGCAUACCUGUUUUUUUUCUAUGUGGUUAACUUAACUUGAAAAUAGGGCCUACAUCUAUGACAGAAAACGUUUUAACAGGAGAGCGGACAAAUGCACGGCAAAACCGGGAUUCGAACUUCGAACUGUAGAGACUCUUGACCAAUUGAUCUGGACCUGUACGUCGGCACGAUAGAAACCAAAUGGAUGGAAGUAAAGAUUACCGAGAGAUGUGAUACUAUGUGAGAUGGCAGAUUUCAACAAACUCUCAACUCAAGAAAUUGAGUUAGGAAUUAAGUCACUACUGAACUUCAAGAAACCAGAUAUUGACUCUGCAUCUAAUAUUGCCAUACCACCAAGUAGUGAAAAUCCAACUCAACAGAUAGAUGGCAAGGGUACAGAGUCUGAGACACCAACUGAGGCUGCCACUGAAACGUCACUGGAUUCUCCAGUAGACGAGAAAAACCAGGAAGAUGGAAGCAAAAAGACCAGAAAAAGACGGAGCAAAGUUAUGGAUUCCAACAACCAAGCGAGUGAAAGUAAAGUAUUAUCUGAAGUAAGCUUUGAAAGUUUGUCGGACCUUAAAGCUUCCCUCAGUAACCACGAGCUGCAGUCUUCAGUGAGUUACGUAUCAGCGGGCGAAAGUGAAGUUAGGAAGAUUUUGAAAGCUAAAAGACACACACGGAAAUCGCAAGGUGACGAAGACGUGACAUCAGAUCAAAAGCAGGAGCGUGAUGGUAACAUGCAUGAGGAAGAUGUAGAAAACAAACCGGUUGAGGAAGCAGUCAAGAAGUUUUGGGACCUGCCUGUUAAGAAAGAAAAGAAAAAGAAAAUUAAAAAGAAAAAAGCUGAGGCACUAAAAGCUGCACAAAUGAAAUCAGAAGGAGAUGAUCAUGAUACAUCAGAAAGCCAACCAAAGCCAAAGGAAAAAAAGGAGGCGGAAAAGAAGUCCAAAAGCAGUGCAAGUAAGGACGAACGUACCGAACCAGAGGUCAAGAAAGUUGUAAAGCUGGAGGCAACACAGGCACAAUCACAGGCUGAAUUACUGAAGAGAUUAGAAGAAGACGGAAUAUUUCCCCUGAAAAAGAAAUCUACACGAUUUGUGCAAGCCAAAUUCUUUUGUCGCCUGUGUGAUUAUCACAUGGACACACCGGCAGAUUGUGACCGGCACAUGAAGGACAGCCGACACAAACGAAGAAUAGAGAUUAGCAGAAUUGAAACAUGUCUGGAGAGGAUGCCAGCGGUGAGAGAAGACCAGGUGGAAGCCAUCGACCAUCUGGCAGACGACAUUCUCCUCCAACACGCCCUCCAAAAGGAGGAUCAGGACUACAGGGUCAAGGUCACCGUUGAACUUGAGGAGUUUCUCCGCAAAACACAACCAGAGGUCAGUGUUGUGCUGUACGGAUCGUCAAAGACUGGGAUCGCACUGAAGGACUGUGAUGUCAACAUGGACCUUUUGGUGAAGGGAGAUACAAGUCAGGCAAAGUCCCUUACUAAGGCUUUCAAAGACAUGAAAGAUUCAGAAAACUACAAAGAAGUGAGGAGUGAUUUCGCAGCUAAAAUUCCUUGUAUCUACUUUUCUGACCAGACCGGGUCAUUGUCUUGCCAGCUGACCAUAACUGGAUCCCAGGCCCCACAAACGUCCACUCUGCUUUCCAUCUUUGCAGAUAUUGACCCUAGGGUCAGAAAGCUGGGAAUCGUGUUCAGAUACUUUGCUAAGAUCUGUAAGAUAGACAGACAAGACGAGGGGACACUACCAGCCUACAGUUUCUCCCUAUUGCUUGUGCAUUAUCUACAGAAGUGUAAACCAGCCGUACUUCCCGUGCUUGAUCUGGGCCUUGAUGAUGAUGAGAAUAAGUCGCCUACCAAGAGGAAAAGGACACCUCCUCCAGAGGAAGCCAACUUUACCAGGAUCAAAGAAGAGGCUGGGAAAUGGCAUACAGACAACACUAAGAGUGUGGGGGCCCUGUGGCUUGACAUGCUUCGAUUCUACUGCCUGGAGUUUGACAACAGCCAGUAUGUGGUAUCCUUACGGCAUGAGGAAUUCCUCACCAGGUCUCAAAAGAAAUGGAAUACAAAGAGAGUUGCUAUUGAAGAUCCGUUUUCCCACAAGAGAAAUGCUGCUCGUUCUGUGACAAACUAUGAGGUAUUCCAGUAUAUCUGGGAUUGCUUCAGAAAGUCUUACUUCUACUUCAGCCUGCCCACAAACUACGAUAAGCUCACAGCCAAGCAAAAAGAUGUUCUGGAGAAGACCAGGCUCAAGGUCAAGGCUGAAGAAGAAAGACUGGCUAAAGAGGCAAAGUUGAAGGAGCAAAAAGAAAAACAAAUGAAGGCAAACAAAAAGAAAAGUGAUGAAGAAAACAAAACAGCUGUUGAUGAAGCUGAGGAGGAAUCUGGAGACAACUCCGACGUUGUGAUAUUAGGAUCCUCGGAGGAGGAAUUGGAAGAAGAAGGAAGCAGUAGAAAGGCAGAAGAUAAGGAGGAAAAGGAAAGCUCCAGCAGUACUUGUAAACAGCUGGAUUUCUCAAAACCUGCCCAGGAUUCUGUGAAAAAUGACCGAGAAGAGUCACCAGAGAGAAGUGAUACAGACUCUAAACCAGACAGUCAUUGUAGUUGUGAUCCGUCGAUGGCAGACACGGGUAUAUCAGGACAAAUGUCUCAAACGGAAAAGGUGGAAUUAGUCGACAGCUGUGACACAUGUGGUAGUGACAACGGACAGUCUUAUCAGAAAUCCCCAGACAUUCCUUCUGAAGCCGCCUCAGAACAACUUGCCAAAGACUCAUUGGUGGAAACAUUAUCAGAAUUGACUCUGAAGGGUGAAAAAGACAAAAGUGCCAGGCCACCUGACACUGCUGUUACAGAAGAAGAUAUCUUAGCUGAAAAAUGCAAAAAAUUGGUGCUUGAUGGUCAAAAUGUUUGUGAAACCAAAGAAAAUUCACAGGAGACAAUGGCAAAUACAAAGGAGGAGUUGGUUGAUUCAAAAGAUGAGUCUUUAAACGUCAAUCAGGAGAUUGAAUCAGAAGACGAGUCAGAUUCAAGGGAAGCAACUGUGGAUUCAAAGGAGGUGGAGAGUACUCCAGCUGUUGAAAAUAACAGUCAGGACUCAAAAACAACACUGAACAAUCUUGAGUAUGGUUUUGAAUUUUUGGAGAAAAAGUUCACUGAUGGUAAGGGCCCUUUGAUCAUCUGUAGUAUCUGUGAGAAGGAAGGCCAUCUAAAAAAUUCUUGUCCUGAAGAGGCCCUCCCUGAUCUCAAACCACUGCCAAAAAUGACCAAAGAUUUCCUGAGAAAUCUAACUAAUACAAUCAAAAAAGUUCCAAAAGACUUUGGCGUGAAGGAAGAGGAGUAUGAAGAAAGAGAGGAUAUCCGCCAGGAACUAGAGGAGUUCAUUCAGGAGCUGUACCCAGAUGCUGAGCUCCACUUGUUUGGGUCAUCCCAUAACGGAUUUGGAUUUAAACUGAGUGACCUUGACCUCUGUGUGACCUUCCAGGGCAAGCCCACAAGUGAGGGUCUGGACCCUGUGAUGCUGAUAGAGGAAAUCACACAGAAGCUGAAGAAGCACCGUGGCCUUUACAAUGUGUUUCCUAUCACCACAGCCAAGGUUCCAAUCGUCAAGUUCAAACACAGACGCAGCCAAUUGGAGGGAGACAUUAGUUUUUAUAACUUACUGGCACUGUACAAUACGAAGAUGAUCCAACUGUAUGCCUCCUUAGAUCCCCGAGUCAAGUGUCUUGGCUAUGCCUUUAAAGUAUUUGCUAAGGUUUGUGAGAUUGGAGACGCAUCCAGGGGAAGUCUGUCCUCCUAUGCCUACAUCCUCCUCCUCAUCUACUACCUCCAGCAAUGUAAACCAUCAGUCCUACCGGUCCUACAGGAGUUAUAUCCAGGCAAGAAACCAGAAAGGGUUAUUGAUGGCUGGAACACGUGGUACUUUGACGACGCGGAGAAAUUGCCCAAAAUCUGGAAGUGCAAGAACCAGCAGAGUUUCGGGGAGUUGUGGUUGGGCAUGUUUGUCUUUUACACUGAAGAGUUCUGCAUGAAGGAAAAUGUGGUGUGUAUCAGACUAUCAGAGCCACUGACACGAUUCGAAAAACUGUGGAACGGAAAGUGCAUAGCAAUAGAGGAUCCUUUCGAUUUAUCACACAACCUGGGUGGUGGUCUGUCAAGAAAAAUGAAUCAGUAUAUCAUGAAGACAUUUAUCCGAGGCCGAGAGCUGUACGGUAUGCCAGCAGAAAUCCCAAAGUCCCUCUCCAAUCCUGGGGAUUAUUUCUUUGACAAGAGCCAGUUGUCUCAAGGGGCACCACCUAGUGACCGAUGUUGUCGCGUGUGUAACAAGAUCGGCCACAUUGCCAAGGAGUGUCCCAGAGUCCUGCAGAGGAAAGAGAGAGAAGAAAAGUUUAAAAACUUCAGGUCAAAGGAUAAAAAACAACAGAGGGAGGAUGGUCACAGAAACAACUCAGAGGAACAGGGUCGAUAUUUGGACAGAAAUAUGUCUCAAGGCCAGUACAACCAGCCCAAAGGGCCAAGAAGGUCAAAGCCUGACCCCAAUGACCCAGAUAUUGAACAGAACUGGCGUUCCCUUGGAAACUCGCAGCAACACCCAGUUUCUAAAUCUGGACAAAGAUAUCAGCAGCAACAGCAGCAGCAACAACAUCAACGGCAUAUGGUCAGCCAGCCAAGGAAUAUCCCCAUGCCGUUUGGUAACCAGAGGUCGACAGGACCGAGGCAGUUCAACAGUGGCAGCCCUCAGGGCAAUUACAGUGGUAGCCCACGGUCCAAAGUCAACCUAUCCGACUCCUACCCACCUCCUAGACAAACUGUAUCACCUAUGAAGCAAGGUCAUGACCCCCGGCCAAUGUCUUCUCCUAAACAAAUAGGCCGGCCUCAGUACCAGGAGCCGUACAUGUCCACUAGUCCACACAGUAAGGGGAUGCCUGGCCAUCCCUGGAUGAAUCAAUUCAUGCAAAACCAGCCGCAGCAACAGCGUUUGUCUCAGCAACAACAGCAGCAACAACAGCGCCACCAGGGAACACCACCAAACGCAUACCCUAACAUUCCUCCUGGGUCAUCACCAAGGCAAGUUACUAUGGCAGCCAAUCAGGGUAACAUGGGACCCCCCAACAUUGGUGUAUCAGUACCUAAUGACCAGUACCGUCAGUCUAGUCACCCAGGCAACCAGGGAGGUGGGGCCAGAGGUGGCACCAAUCAGAGACAGUCUUAUAACAAACAGUAUGUAAAUCAACAGAGAAGGAAGUAGACUUUGUAACUACCAAUCAGAGACCAUCUUACAAAAAAAGUUCACCAAUCAACAGAGAAGAAAAGGAGCUGCCAAACCACCAAUCACAGACAGUCUAACAAACUGUCUGCGAAUCGACAAAGGAGGAAAUUAGCUUUUACAAGUAGUCACACUGUUUUUUACCUAUCACCUGUUCGUACCAGGAUUUGUAACACUAAGGGAUGUGGAAUCUUUUUUCUCCUUAUACAAGGCAGCUGAAGUCAUUCAGAAUGACAAAAGUGAAAGGUCUAGACUUCAGUUGGCCAUAUAUUGUUAGGCUGAACAAAUGAUUCUUUCUUCAGAUAAAUCAUAAAUACCAAAUUUUGAUUAUUUCAUCAAAUGUUGUUUUAUAUAUUGAUCUUUGUGAAUGUAAUGAAUUAAUUCUACAUUCUAUUGAUGAGGUGGGCAGUUUGAAAUGAUUGUAUUGUAGUGAAAAGUUACUAGGAACUAAAAUGACAAUUUAUAGCAGGAAUUGGAGUAUUUAAUGUAUGAAAUGCUUUUCUCAAUCUCAUAAACUGCUUUGUAGGGUUACAAUUUCUAAGCUAAAUACCCCCGGUCAUAUAGAUUAGAAAAGUUGAUGAUUAUUUGAUUUUUUUUGUCAUUGAAAAUUUUUGUGUUGAUUUUCAUUUUGAUCAGGUGUUAUAUCAAACUGUUCCAAUUUUUCUUGAGAUUCGGCAGCUGUAAAUAAGAUAUAGAGUUGAAACUUGUUCUCACAUCAUUCAGAAAGCUGUUUUCAGAAUAAAUUGUAUUUGAUCUGUUGAGGAAAAUGUUGCUAUGGGAAAAAAAUCAAACUGCCCCGUUAUGCCAUCUUUCAUAAUAAGAUCCUCUUCCACUUGUUUUACAAGUGGUAAAAAAUGGGUUAAUAAAGGAACAGCAAUAUGUUCAAAUAUUCUUUGUGAAAAACUACAACAUAACAAUCAUGAAAAGGAAACAAAUAUUUUUGUAAGAUUUUUUUUUUACCAAAUUUAUAACAUGGUAGCUACAUUUUUUAUGUCAUCUUUUUAUUUUUGAGAAAUAAGAACCGAAAAAAAAUUGAGAUAUUUUGAGAAAAAUUCUAAUGGAAAGUCCUCGGCGAACAGUGAAAUUAAAAUCUGUCAUAUUUGCUGUUGUUGUUACCGUACUUGUUAUAACACGUAAAUGCUUAGUUUAUGGUUUUUGUAUUUAGGUGUUGGGCCAUGAUUUGAGAUUAUAGACAAAAGUAUUACUCAUGCAGUUUACAAACUCCGGAGGUUAAAAUUGUAGAUUGUUUUACGCAUGCUGCUUGCAAACUCCAGACACCCAGAUUAAGAUUGUACACAUAUGUAAGUGUGGAUAAUUAACUCGAAUUGAAUUUGAAAUAUCUCUAUUUACCAUAACUCAAAAAAGUCAUUUUUGUCAUGUCUAACUUCACAUAUGUACAACAUAAUUGGUGUAUUCGUUCAUCGCCUUCCAAACGGUAUAUAUAAGUUUAGUUUUGUGCAUGUAACAUUUUUCACUGAGGGACACAUGUAUGUAGAAAAAAAUCAGAAGUUUCAGAAAUAACUUUUUACCAUACAAAUGAAAUACCAGGGUAUGAUAUAAAUGAAUUAGUUAUGCUUUCAUUAAAAGGAGUAAUUUUGACCCUAGGAGAGGAAAAACACUCAAAAUUACAAUUUCCAUUGACAUGAUUCUCUCACUGAAGCUACAGAUAUGUUGUGAUUAAGAUUAAGUGAAUCAUCUCUCAAGAUAAACGCCAGUAUGACAUUGUGUACUUUGGAUACAUUUUUCAUUUAGAUGAUAUGUGUGUAGGUUUACAUGUUGUGUGAAGUGAUUAGUGUUGUAGAAUUCCUAGCCAUGUCUCAGCCUUGCUAUCCAGUGUUUGUCUCAGCCACGAUAGCCUGUAUUUGUCUCGGAGUCAGUAUCCUGUGUUUGUCUCAGAUUCAGCAUCCUGUGUUUGUCUCAAACUCAGCAUCCUGUGUUUGUCUCAAACUCAGCAUACAUUUGUUUGUCUCAGACUCAGCAUACAUGUGUUUGUCUCAGACUCAGCUUCCUGUGUUUGUGUCAGCCACGAAAGCCUGUGUUUGUCUCAGACUCAGCUUCCUGUGUUUGUCUCAGACUCAGUAUCCUGUGUUUGUCUCAGACUCAGCUUCCUGUGUUUGUCUCAGCCACGAUAGCCUGUGUUUGUCUCAGAUUCAGCAUCAUGUGUUUGUCUCGGAAUCAGCUUCCUGUGUUUGUCUCAGCCUCGAUAGCCUGUGUUUGUCUCAGAUUCAGCAUCCUGGGUUUGUCUCGGACUCAGCUUCCUGUGUUUGUCUCAGAUUCAGCAUCCUGUGUUUGUCUCGGAUUCAGUAUCCUGUGUUUGUCUCAGCCUCGUUAUCCUGUGUUUGUCUCAGACUCAGUAUAACAUCUCGUCUCAGUUCACUAAAAUAACAAAUAAAAUUAUACGAAGGAAGAAAAUCACUAGCUCUAAUUUGUUUUUUGUACUGAUAUAACAUUUCUGGGUUGUCACACAGUCUCAUUGCAAUUUUUCGUACUAGUUCAUUGAUUCAUGGCCUUGUGGAAAGGCGUUUUUGGUUACUUUUGUCAAGUAGUUACGCUGAUUGUUAUUUGUAUAGAAAACUGUCGAUACUAAUUGUGUCGGCCAUUCCUGUGUAUACCUAGAUUUCUCCAUGUAAACCUAUUGUUCCCCAUAUAAACCUUUUUUUCCUCAUACAUAUCAAUGUGUCCCAUACAAACCUAUUGUUCCCCAAACAUAUCAUUGUUUUUCUUUCAUACCUUUUAUGUAAGAGUGAUGAAUUUGCAGUUAUAAUAUGCCAAAUAGUUGCCAGGGUUGAAAAAAGUGUGCCCAACCACAGAAUUAGAUUAGAUCCAUGGCUCAGCGAAGCAGCUAUUUUGUUAUAGAGGCUGCAAAAGUAACGCUUUAGUUGUGUCUGACUUGAUAAUCAAUAACAAAACAUUCUUGAAGAAAGAUUCGGAAACCUAAACUCAACAGGGUUUGCCAUGGUAACCAGUGACAUUAUGGCCGCCUGAUAGACCACAAUCUGGGUCAUGUCAGUGUUUGUCUUUGAAAACAACACAGAAAACAACAUUCAAUUCAAACCCUAAGAAGACUUGGGAAAUAUAUUAAAAUUAACAACAGCAGGUCAUUUCUACAGUGUGUCAAUAAGGCACAGUCACUGUAUCGGCUUGUGAGAUUGUUAUUGUAUAGCAGACUUACACCACAUAAAGUGUACUAAAAACAAUGCUAGUCUUCACUGGAAGUCUUCAUUUUGUGAUUCUAGUUUGUAGAUUGGCGUUUCCUUCAAACCUUCACGUAUUAUCGGUAUAGAUUGUAACAGUUUACCAUCUUACUUUAAGCUUCCACGUGGCAAUUCUAGUUUGCUCAAACAGGGCCAUUCAAAUGAUUCAUAAGUACAAGCCAAAAUCCAGGUACAUUGCAUUAUCAAAGUUAGGUUUUUACUGAUCAAGUGGAAAACCUUUUUGAUAGAACUGGUAUGGGAAAUAUAGAUACUUAAAAUACUUCAUAACACUGAAUUGUGUGGUGGGGGUUUUCUCCACUUGUAACUAGCAAUGGAGUUGUUUUUUCUGAUCCACUCAAAUGACCUACUGUACUUUGAGCCCAAUGUCAGUAAUUGUGACGUUGAUUUCAUUCAAAAAUGUGAAUUUCUACUUGUUAAUGUGCAAAGGAAUUGUUUUGAAGGGUCAGCAUAUUUCUAAUAUAGAUAUUUCUUUAGUUUUAUGACUGAAGAAAUUUAAUUUCAGACUUUUACACUUUUCUUCGUUGACAGACAGUGACUCCCUUCCUUGAUAGCAGCACUUCAUGUCCCUUUUAACUGAUUCUUUUUAUCAGAUUUUAAAUAGUUUUAUUACGCAAUGAAAUUCAAAAUAACAAGAAUGUACAUAUUUGAUUAACUUCCUUCGUCACAAAUAUUUAAAAUAUGUAACUAUAAAUGUAUGAACGAAUUAUUGAAAUAAAAAUAUGCAGCUA